AGACCCAUGUCCCCUCUGAGCCCCCGUACCGCCGGCUGGCGCCGUUGCCUUGGUAACGCUGGCCCCGCCCCUCCCUUCCGGCUCCCUUUGUGGCAGGAAGCGCCGGCGCCGUGGCUCCCUUUGUGGCAGCCGCUAUGGCGGCGGAGAGGGCCCCGGUACCCCCCGCGCCGCCGCCUCCCGGGCCGGGGCUCAGCCUGCCCGGUGUACUGCACUUCAUCCAACACGAGUGGGCGCGAUUCGAGGCCGAGAAAGGGCGUUGGGAGGCGGAACGGGCCGAGCUCCAGGCGCAGCUCUCGUUCCUUCAGGGGGAGCGGAAGGGUCAGGAGAACCUCAAGUCCGACCUCGUGCGGCGCAUCCGCAUGUUGGAGCUGGCCCUCAAGCAGGAGAGGUCCAAGUACCACAAACUGAAGUUCGGCGCCGAUCCGGCCUCGCGGCGAUCGGAGGGUCCAGACCCGGUGGCCAAUGGCGCCGCGGAGGUGACGGUGCCGGAAUGGCGAGAGGGACGGGAGCUGCUGCGCCAGUACCUGGAGGAGGUGGGGUGCGGUGAUACCGUAGUGGAGUUGCGGUCGCGGCGGCUGCGGUCGUUAUUGGGGCGCACGACGCCCCCCCCCAGGGCCCCCCCCGGGGCUCUGUUGGCGCAGAGAGUGCAGGAGCAGAUCCAGAGGAACGCGGGGCGGGAUUUUGGGGGGCUCCUCUUGGCACCCGAAGAUGAGGACAGUGACGAGGACGAGGACAGUGACAGCCCGCGGCCCCCCCCAGGUCCCCCCGAACCGCGGGCGAAGCUGCCCCCCAGCCCCCCUCCGCCCGAGGACGAGGACGACUCCGAGGACGCUUUGGCCGAGUUCGACUUUUUGGGCUCCGGAGCGGCGCUGCAGCUCGAGUGCCACCGCGACCGCAUGCGCCCGCGGGACACCGAGGGGAUCCCCCCAGAACCCCCCCCGCGAGGCCUCGACGGCUCUCUGGGGGUGUCCCCCCCCGAUGGCUCUGUUCUGUCCGACCUCGGGGACCCCACGGGGCGGAGUGUCCCCAACGACGGCUGCGACCUCCCGCCGAAGCCGUGGAGCCCCCGCUUGACCCUCCGCGGUCACUUUGACGCCGUGCGGGCGUUGGCGUUCCACCCGGCCGAGCCGGCGCUCCUCACCGCCUCCGAGGACGGAACCCUCAAACUCUGGAACCUCCGCAAGUCAUCGCCCCCUAAAAAGAACGCGGCGCCGGACGUGGAACCCAUCUACGCUUUCCGCGGGCACAGGGGCCCGGUGCUGGCGGUCACCGUGGGCUGUGACACCGCGCUGUGCUGCAGCGCCGGCGUUGACGCGCGGAUCCGCGUGUGGCGGCUCCCGGAUUUGGACAUCGAUCCCUACGACGGUUACGAUCCCGGUGUUCUUCGAGGGGUCCUUUGCGGCCACUCAGACGCCGUCUGGGCUUUGGCCUUCAACGCCGCCGGUGACCGCGUGGCCUCGUGCUCCGCCGAUGGCACCGUCCGCCUUUGGGACCCGCGGCGCGGUGACGCCGCCGCCUGCCUUCGCACCUUCGACGCUCAGAGUGAGCACGGUGUCCCCACCUCUGUCACCUUCUCGGCCACCCAACCCGGCGUGGCCGUCACCGCCUUCCGGACGGGCGUCACCGUCCUCUACGACGUGGAGGCGGCUCGGACGGUGCUGGUCAUGGAGUCCCCGACUGGUGACACUCCGGUCAAUCAGGUGAUCAGUCACCCCUCGCAGCCGCUCUCCAUCACCGCCAGCGACGACCGCAGCAUUCGUUUCCUCGACAACCGUACAGGUCAAGUCGUGCACUCCAUGGUGGCCCAUUUGGACGCUGUCACCUGCCUCGCCGUGGACCCCAACGGCGCCUUCCUCAUGUCGGGCAGUCACGACUGUUCGCUGCGGCUGUGGCGUUUGGCGCAGGGUUCGUGCCUGCAGGACGUCAGCGCCCAUCGCCGGAAGCACCACGAGGGCGUUCUCGCCGUGGCCGUUCACCCGCGGCGCCCUCUGAGCGCCAGCGCCGGCGCCGACGCCAUCGCCAAAGUCUUCGCUUGACGGGGGGGGGCACAGCUAAAGCCUCUCUGUGCCCCCCCCGGGGCAGUUAUGGGCUCUGUGCCCCCCCGGGG